AUGUCAGUGUCACAUUCCCAUGAACUCAUGACCCUUCUCAUCAUCGGAGUGUUGUUCUGCAUCUCAGCACUCUUCAGAGAUUCCUGUGCAACGAAUCUGGAACAGUACCUCACUCAAGAAACACAUCUGAAUGGAAAUACUCUCCAUGGAUCAGAGAAGGAGAUCAAUUUGGAAGACUUCUUUUGGACGGGUUCAGGCGAUGGACCGCCAGCGUACUUGCGGAAGUCUUCUAGUGACGCUGAUUCAACACGAGUUCGUCACACAUUCAUCAAGACGUCCACUGUCCUUGCCACUGUCUAUAUAGAUGGAUAUUCUGAGGGAGAAACUGAUCCUCUGUGUAUAUUUGACUGCUCCGACGAGGAACCGUCUUCAGUGAACUACUCACCAUCCGACAGGAGAUACUGGCUUCUGACUGUUGUGGCUGGCUUCUUCAGUUCACGCGACUUCAAGAUGAUCGAGGAGAAGCUGGCCAAGCUCUACAGACUCGCUUUCUCUCGACAGCAAGCUCGUCACUUGGGCAUUGCCAAUGCCACUUCGCUGUCCUUUGAGAAUCAGCUACGAAGGAAGAGGGAAUACAAAGAGGACAACAAUAGAUUAGUCAUUGUUCCGUCGAAAACUCUGCAGAAUUACGAAGAAGAAGCCAAGACUUCUUCUAAUCAUCCAACUAAGGCAAACUUCACCAUGAGGAACAACACUAAAGUCUUCUACAAAACCACAGAUCAAACGAGUCAGAGAACGGUGAGGGUGAUUAUUCACAAUUCAACUCAAUGGUCAGAGUAUGAUCUGAGGAAUACGGAGAAUCUGGUAGAUUACAUCAAUGAGAAACGUGGCAACAACGUUCCACUUUCCAAUCAAACCGAAUUUAUCUACACCGUUUUCGUGGGACAGAAGCCUGUUCUGGCGGUCACAGCUGCGGAUGACAUGAAAUUGGUGACAGAACAGGAAAUGAUAAAAGUGAUGGAGAACGAUGUGUAUACAAAAGCUGAGCCAUACUUAAAGGAGCCUCUGGCCACACCGCUGAUCCCCUCGAUUUUAGCAAACGGAAGUACAGACAUUUUCCAAGUUGCUACUGAAAAUCCAAUUAUGUUUGCAAUUAUUUGCAUGUCGUUUUUCCUCCUCAUAAUCCUCCUAAUCAGCCUGGUGUUAAUGACGAGAGCCAAAAGGAAACGGAGUGCCGAAGUUCGAAGGUGAGAAAGUACCGAAUAUGUGGGGGAAUUUCAUAGCAGCACUCCAUCGGGAAAUCUGCAUCCAUCCCAGGGACAUGACUUGGGAAUCGACAAUUUCGGUUUCCAGAAGUCAUCACGCUUCGGUCAGGGUCAGAAAAUUGAGAAAGGCAAGCCCACAAUCCUCUUCCCGCUUCCGCCAUCGUCACCGACGAGCAGCUCCACGUCAGAUUCGUCAAUUUACUAUCCUAAGCGGAAGUCUCACCUGGAUAUUCAGGAUGUCCUCGAUGAGAAGUCCGCGUCGCUGUUCAGCAAGAAGACCGUGAAGAUGGUUGAUGGCAAGGACAAGGAGGAGCACAGUGAUCACAUGUACGCUACAAUAUCCAAAGGUCAAUCGGGGAAGAAGAACAAGUAUAAGAGUAGAAAGAGCAGAAUAUCGGAUAAUAGAGUGGGAUCCAUCAAUGACGCCGGCGUUCAGACGUCGCCCACGUCUUCCGAUCGGAGUGAAGCCACUUAUGCCUUGCCCUCGCACAACGAAGACUUCAACGCUCACUAUUACAGUGAGAAGUAUGCUAAGAGUGAGAUGUAUCCUGAGCAUCUCAAAACGGAUGACUUCGAGGUGGCCAGCUCGGUGUUUGACUCGCCCAAUGAGGCCAUCAAUCGGGAGAUCCUGAGAGUGCUGCACAAAGGAGAAAAGUCUCCGGGCAGCGGAAGUAUCGGAUCGUAUCUCAGCAUGGCGUCAGUGAAGAGCUUUCCAAAGUGUGGCGCUCCUGAGCCUCUAAGUCGUAUUCUGGAACCAGUAACUGUGACGCACUUUGACUUGUACGAAGCUGAAGAACGAAUGAAGUCUGGAUCCAAUGGGAAUGGUUUGGAAGACAUCCAGCUGAUUAGGAGUCACAGCGAUGGAACUGAUCCAGGCGUUACAGGUCCAAUAGUUUGGGAAAUACACAGGAAGGAAGUUCUGCGGAAAAAAGGAAUAAUGAAAAAGGAUACGAGUUUACCUGAGGAUGGAGAACUUCCACUGAACUCGAAUCAAAUGAAAGGCGCAGUAAAGAUGGAAAAUAGGGGAAAAUCAGCCACCAUUUCCAGUGAAAACGAACUGUAUCAGCACAAUCCGACAGAUCUCAUGCGACCGGUGACGGCAAGCUUCCCACCAUCCACAAUUGCCGAGGAAACUUCACCCCCAACUCCUUCGAAGAAAGCCUGGAGCAGCAGCACUCCAUCUCCAUUGGUGAGGCCUCUCAGUGCUGGACCUUUUCAUCGACCGCCCGCUCCAGUUGUUGAUGUCGCGAGAGUCCUUGCUCCGCAGAAUCCUGACAAGAAUCUAUCCUCAGCCCCCCUUAUCGAAGCGAUACAGAAUGAACUCAAGAAAUUCAACAGAGGAGACAAGCAGUAAAUGAAAACCAGCAAUAUUAUACAAUAAAACCAUUACUAAAGAUAGAAUCUUCAUGUGAAGAGCUUUCAAGGAUUUUCACCAAUAAUAUUAGCGAUAGGAUAUGAGUUAUAGAAAUAUUUUACACAUGUGUAAAUAUAAGUUUUUGUAAUUUUUUUUUGUAAUUCUCAUAUUUAUUUACUGCAUAACUUUGGGUGAUUUUGUGUGUUUGAAAAAGUGUUUUUGGAUUGAAAUUCAAUAUAUGUAAGAAAUAAAAGUAAGAUAUAUUGUUAGUCGAGUAAUUGUAAUCUAUAAAAUAAAAAUCUUGCAAGGCGAUUUUGUAUGCAACUUUUCGAAUAAAAAUUUGCGA